GCACGCUAUCCUAACCCUAAUUCAAAAAGAGACGGGGUGUGGAGGUAAGAGCCACGUCCAACUGGAUUGGUCCGAGUCCCACAAGGUCACGGCGGGGCUGGUAUUCAGCGAAGUAGGCAUAUAAAUUUAGCUUCAUGAAAAGCCAUGGAUUAUGUCUUGGGACUCUCAGAUUUCGUCUUCAGAGGAGUGGUUGUGAUGGCCACCCCUCAGGUGUUAAGAGGUGGGAGAUAUUUCAAUCACACUGCACUCACUCACACCGUCCUUCACGGUCGCUUCUCCUCUCUGGAGCCCCUCCGUCUGCAAUCAAGCUGGAUUUUGGAUUUGUAAUUAAGAACUGAGGCUCGAGGACUUAGGAGUGAUGUGUGGAGUGUGAGAGAGACCUUUGAACUAAGGACUAAAACGGAUUCAGUGCAAAAUAAGUUGGAAGAACUGUCAUGGAUGCAUUAGCUUUAGAGGCAAAAGGGGCUAAGAAUGAAGGCGCACCAGCUGCUCCAGCCCCGGCACCCGCCAAACCCAGACCAAAACCCCCGAAAAAGGCGAAACGAAUUGUUUACUUUGAGUUGGAGAUACUAGAUGUCAAAACCCGGGAAAAACUACUGCUUCUGGAUAAGGUAGAGCCAACGGCUACUAUUUUGGACAUUAAGUCUAUGUUCCACAAAUCAAAUCCACACUGGUAUCCUGCCAGACAGUCUUUGUGCCUGGACCCAAAAGGAAAACCCUUAAGAGAUGAGGAAAUCCUCCAGGAGCUCCCUGUGGGAACCACCGCAACCUUCUACUUCAGAGACCUGGGAGCCCAGAUCGCCUGGGGAACUGUGUUCCUCAUCGAGUGCAUUGGACCACUUGUCAUAUAUCUGCUGUUUUAUUUUCGACUGCCUUUAAUCUACGCUCCCAAGUAUGAGUUCACCGUCAGUAAGCAUUUGGUUGUGCACAUAGCCUGUGCGUGUCAUUCCUUCCACUACGCGAAGCGAAUCAUGGAGGCGUUGUUCAUUCAUCGCUUCUCCCAUGGCACCAUGCCACUGCGCAACAUUUUUAAAAACUGUUCCUAUUACUGGUGCUCUGCUGCAUGGAUGGCUUAUUACAUCAAUCACCCUCUCUACACACCACCAUAUUAUGGGGAGAAGCAGGUGAAGGCAGCGCUGGCAAUCUUCCUAUUCUGUCAACUUGGCAGCUUCUCGAUUCACAUGGCUCUGCGUAAUCUCAAACUACCUGGCUGUAAGAUAAAGAAGAUUCCUUAUCCAACCAAGAAUCCUUUUACAUGGAUAUUUGCACUUGUUUCAUGCCCAAACUACACAUAUGAGCUGGGAUCUUGGCUUGGAUUCACACUCAUGACCCAGUGUGUCCCUGUGUUGUUCUUCACCGUGGUGGGAUUCAUACAGAUGACGGUUUGGGCCAAAGGAAAGCAUCGCAGCUACCUGAAGGAGUUCAAAGAGUAUCCCACACUGCGCUCCCCUAUCCUACCUUUCAUCCUAUAGCUGGAGAUUAAGACUUUUUUUUUUUAAAUCCAAUGUAAAUUAGAGUUUUGCUAGAGGAUAUAUAUAAAGCAAGUCUUAAUAUAUAUUAAUGUAUGAAAUAACUGUAGUAAAUUGAGAAAAUGUCAUGUAUUUAUGUCAAGUAAAGCCAUUCUGCUUUUAAAAAUAUAAAUUUUAAAAUUUAUAUUUUAUUGCUCAUAUACACGAAUACAGAAAAUUGUGCAAAUGAGGGUAUAUCUGUUCCUUUGAGGUAAAUAUAACUCACUUUAUUUCUUUUUCUAAAAUGACUGAAGCUAAUGAAUUUGUAUGUAGCAGAUCCAUCACCUAACCUGACUGAUCUAUUUCCAAGAAAUGCAACGUCAACACUUAUGCAAUAAUUGGUCUUAAGGGCAUACAUUUAUGGUAAGCUUAUAUCAUCAUAUACAUUGGCUUGGAUGAAUCUGAUGACAACUCUGAGAAAGUUUUCAAGCUAUAUUACAUUUUGCAUUAGAGACUGUUAGAGUCCGGUAUUCAUUCUUGCUGAUUAAAAAUAUUCACUUUUUUGAAUCACAA